CUUGUCCACUGUGUGUGCGCGUUCGCUACCCAAUGGUCAUUUUCUGGAUGCCUUUGUGCUUUCUUCGUGAUUUUCUUUUCCUGAGUACACGCCGUGAUGGUUCGUCUUGAGAGGGGGUGUCAGGAUUGCCAGCUUGGCAAGACGAACCACUGCGAGCUUGUGAGCUAGGGUAGAUUGCUGUGUAACGGAGAGAGAGAGGCGGAGAGAGGAAAAGACAAGGAAAGACAAGGAAAGCAUUCUGAGGAGACACGAUCCUAUCAGCCAUCACCGAAGUGAGAUCUGUGUUGACCACCCUUCAUGAUGCCAUACAUGGACAGAAACAACUUUGACUGAUUGGCCAGUCCAUCGGUCUUAUUAAAUCAAAAGCACUCUUACUCUGGGACUUACCGCCCAGCAGAUCCUCUAUUCAGCUAACUACAGGAAAGGUCCUCACCGGCCUUUUCUCACAAGACGAAUUCGCAUUCCAAAAUCGUUACACGAGAAGGAGGGAGAGAGAAAGAGGGAAAAAGGGGAGGAAGGGAGUCAGGGGAGGGAUUCCAUUUCCACCACCAGUCUUCUUCAACCGCAGAUCUUCACUUCCCGCCUUUGAUCUUCCACUUCGACUUGUCGGCGACUCCUGCCGACCCGCUCCCUCUGUCAUCUCCUGCCUGUUUCGCUGCACCCAAGAGCGUCAACCACUCUCGAUUGUCUGUCAUCAUCCAUGGCGCUCUUCUCGCGCCUGACGCUCUUCGUCCUCGUCGCUCCGCUGGUGGCCACCAGCAUGGCCCAGGUGUGCGUGACGGACUCCGACUGCUUGUCAGACUUCGUCUGCAGAAAGAAUGAUCGACUUCGUCUGCAGAAAGAAUGAUCAAGGCAUCAGCUAUUGCCACUGCAUAGGCCUUUGGUGUCAGUACUACGACGAUGCCAAGGAUAACUACAUCGGUGGGUAACAUGAAGACAGAGCUUACUGGGCGUCAGUCAUCCCAAUUCCUCCCUUCUGUUCUGUUGUGUGGUGUGUCAGGGUUGUUUAUUGCCAUCCCCAUCAUAGCGUUCCUGGUUUGCGCAUAUCUGUGUGUGGUGUGUUGCAAAUAUUGGGCGGCGCGGAAGUCCGCGCCAAGAGCGGUGAUGACAGAAAGAAGGCCAAUGUGAGCCAGCCAAACGAACAAACAGGGCACACUGCAACACGCAUCCAUCAACGUGUGUGCCGCCAACUGUGUCGUUCGUUGGCGUGUGUCUGUGUUGUUUUCAGGUACGUGCCCUCCCAGCCAGCUCCAAUUCCCACCUGCGUGUAGGCCUGGCUACCACUGCAAGCACGGCAAAUGUAAGUGAGGCAGUUCCGCAGGCAGACAGAAAGGCACGUGUGCCCAUCUUCAGUUCACCUGCCCUCUCUCCGUGUCAUGUGUGUCGUCGUUCGAGCACCGACUUGUGCGACGCACUGCUGCCAUUGCAAUGCAGCCAUUGCAUUGGCCGUGAGGAGCUGCGCCUCUGGUUUGUGAGAUCCAAUUGCUGGAGAGGACAGAGCCGCCGACUCGAUGAGAGGCGGCACUUUCACCUGAGGUGCAUGGCCAGCCUCGACUACUGCUCUUUCCACGGACGCAUUGCAAUCGCUGGCGGAGGAAGACACCGCAAAAGUGGCGAGACAGCUGGCGACGGCAGUAGUCAAGAACGGGGCGCCUGCUGCCUCCAAGAGGCAGAGCGAACCCUAGAGAGAGAGAAGACAGGGCGGACGGGGGAAUCACCUUGACCUCAUCACCAAUUGCCAGCAUCCCGUGUGCAGCAGUUGUUUCGUUCAUUUUUCGUUGUUUCGACCUUCCUGUGUUGAUUCCCAUCGGCACAGGCAAGACCAGUUGAGCAGCCAGCUAGGUGUGUGCAUCAACCCGCUCGUGCGUUCGUUCGUCGAUUCGUCGUUCGUCGUCCGCUCGACGACGUUCGCUCGUUGAUUCGUUGAUUCGUCUGUGCGUGUCAAUCCGUGGGACACUCGGUGAUAAGAGCAGUCCUCCGAUAAGAGCAGUCCUCUGUGUGUGCGAA